AGAGGGAAACUAUAGCCUCUACAUGACCACAGGCUGCAUAUCACAUCAAGAGCCAAACCACACUAUCCAGUAUUUAUCACCUUAUGAGAGGCUAUAGCCGCUGCUUCUUGUAGUCAACAAUGGCAAUAUCUUCACUCUCAUUGAGUUGGGCUUCCACUACCUUAUCCCAAAAGUUAAGUGUCCCUGGUUCAAAUGAAAUAUUGCCUAGAGUAGCAGCAUUUUCUGGAAAUAACUCUGUAACAUGCACGGCAGAGGCAACUUUCAAUGAAGAGAGCAAUUGCAAGAGACGUCUGCUACUGCUAGGAGUUGGAGCACUAACGACAAGUUUAGUCCCAGCAAAUUUCCUUUUUGCUGAAGAGAUACCAAAGAACUACACAUCUUUUGUGGACUUUGAAGAUGGGUAUUCAUAUUAUUACCCCUCAGACUGGAUUGAUUUUGACUUCAGGGGACAUGAUUCUGCAUUUAAGGACAGGACGAAGCAAUUGCAGAAUGUUAGGGUGAGAUUUAUACCAACCGAGAAAAAAGACAUUCAUGAAUUGGGUCCAAUGGAAGAGGCUAUAUACUUUUUGGUGAAGCACAGGUAUGCAGCACCAAAUCAAAUGCCAACCAUAUAUAGCAUGCAGGAGAAAACCGUAGAGGGAAAAAACUACUACACCUUCGAGUACGAACUUACAUCUCCAAACUACUCAAGUGUUUCAUUUGCAACCAUAGUUAUUGCCAAUGGGAGAUUUUACACUCUGAUAGUUGGCGCAAAUGAAAGACGGUGGAGAAGAUAUCGCAGUCAGCUUAAAGUGGUAGCAGACUCUUUUAAGGUGCUUGACAUCUAAAAUGCUAUACUGGUUAAUGUUGAACGAGAAAUUUUCAUGUGUAACAUGUAAAUACUUGGCUGGCAAAUUUUUGGAAUGAAAUUGCUUUUAUUUA